AUGGAUUUCCUAGGGGAGCAAUGGGAGUGGUCUUGGACUAGUCACGGUCAGAAGAAGCACCUUGGUCGCGUUUUCCACAGGAAAAUACAAGCCCGCCGACUUUCCGACGACCUUGUCCGCACGUAUAAGAUUGGGGACACCGUAGUGAUGAAGGGUGAAAAUGACGACACAUGGACUGCGCAGAUAGUUGAACUAUUUGAAGCCACCGAAGACGACGAAGAACUCCGAGAGGUACUCCAAAUGGACUUGCGCAAGAUCAAUAAUGUCCAGGGCUACGAACUCAUGCGCGUAACUCUGCGUUGGUUUUACAACUCCUCUGAUAUGAACAAGCAUACUCUCAGAAGCAGUAGUUGUCCAAACCAUAUCAAGCACGAAAUUUACUUUUCCGAUCAUGUCGAGAAGGAAGGCUACAAUGACAUCACCGUCAUUGAGGGGAAAGCCUGGCUAGUAUCUUCAAAGCUGGAAAGGGAGGAAUUCUUGCAAAAUCCACCGGAAGGAUAUGAGCGGGAUAUGGACCAAGUCCGCAUUGUGCGAUGUUUUGUUAAUAGUUUGUCACCAGAUCUUGCAGUCCGAGAGUUAGACACGGGAGAGUUGGCUCAUCUUCUCAAGAACCCCACAGACGAAAAAGACUUGUUCGAGACCUCCCGCCAGCGCAUGCGAAGACUUAUCCAUUCAGACGGCUCAAUCAUUCGGCCUCCCUCAAAGGGAACGGGAGCGAAGCCACCGAGACGAAAGCGAAGUCGAAGUAUACGGAAGCCUAUUGAGAUUGAGGAUGACGAAUUUGAUCCCAAGGAAAAGAAGGAUGCAACAGACGCACAAGAGCCAGCCAGGGCAAAUAAGAUGCCUGGGAAGUCUGGAGAAAACACAGAUCAAGAGCGACGACGCAAGAAACAGGUCAUCGAUAUUGAGGACGACGAUAGCGACGGCAAGGUUGAGCCUAGUGUUGACCCCGCACGACUGCAUUCACUUCAACAGGCAAAUGAAGAAGUGCUAGACCUUGUAGCCUCGCUAAACCAGAAUGCUUUGUCUGGAACAGAGCUGGCUGGUGUUCAGCGAGAUUCUCAGGUUGAUGGAGCAAGCAAAGGUGAAAAAAGGUUUGCAAGGCGACCGGCAUCGGACGAGGCAGGGAAGAUACAAAGGGCGCCAAAGCGAAACAGAACUGAUGAUAAGGAAGUUCUGAUGAUCAGCGGAAAGAAAGCGAAAGUAAGUAGCAUUGGAAAGACGAGCGCAAAGGCUGGUGCGAGCAGCCGAAGAGCAGGCGGCGAAAAGCAAGUUACCGCUGGCGACGAUAUCGACUGGUGGGAGGAAACCCAAAAGGCACUGCAAAGAUUAGAAAAGGAGUUCAAUAGUAUGCCGUCAGCCUCUCAAGAGCUGUUCCGCAACCAUGCAGAAAUUGCGUUUGAUUUGGCUGUGGCUAAGGUAACGGAGCGUGGACUGUUUGGAAAACUAGACACAAAAAACGAGCAGCUCUCCGCAAUCAGCAGGGAGAUACUUAAUGACUUGAAAAAGGUUAUGGUAGAGGAAGCACGUGGCGGAGUAGGCGGACUCAGGGAGUUGGGUGAUGGGACGGUAGUAUUGGACCCUUCCGAUUGA